AGUAAAGUCAAGUAAAGAGAAACACUUUAUGAGAUAAAAAAAAAGGCAAAACCACCAAAGCACCGAUGAUGAUGUCCGCCGGGGUAGAGCAAUUACGCAGAAAGAAGAGGAGAAGGGUUGAGUCUCCAUCAUCAUGUGGGUUAAUGUCUUUGCCAUAUGACAUGGUUCUAAACAGCCUGGCCCGCGUGUCGAGAUCGGACCUAGGGGCCUUAUGUCUGGUCUCAAAGAGCAUCCGCUCACGGGUGUCUUCGGCGGAGAUGUACGAGACCCGAUCUCGAAUGGGUUUGAGGGAGGAGUGCAUCUAUGUAUGCUUGGGAACUACUUUUGGCAGAAAGCCUCCGGGAUGGUUCAUCCUCAGAAGAAAAGGGAAUCGGCUGAUCCCGAUCCCGAUGCCUUCGUUCCCAUCUCCGCGCAGAGCUACCUAUGUCUCCAUGGGAUGCGGGAUCUAUGUAAUUGGAGGAAGUAUAGAAGCCGUGACGACAUCGCGUGUCUCGUUUCUGGAUUGUCGGACUCACACGUGGAGCCAACUCCCCUCCAUGAGAUUUGCUCGCUGUGACGCCAAGGCAGGCGUCUUAGACGGUAAGAUCUACGUCACGGGAGGCUGCGAUGAUGCAUUCUCCCGCGACAAUCCAGAGGUUUUCGAUCCAAAGACGCAGACUUGGAGCAGUGUGUGUAUACCUGAUCCGGUGAUGAACAAUAAGGUUUGCAAGGUGGUUGGGCCGGAUAAUAUUAUUUCGUUCAAAUUUUGGAGUGAAGAAAGUUUGUGGAAUGAUUUCUUUUUAAACGCAAGAGGAGAUGAUGAUGAUUGUUGUGGUGGUGCAAUAAUAGACAGAUUGUUAUUCAGCUGUGAUUUUGACGGGGUAAUCAAGUGGUGUGACCCUUGGAGUGGGGUGAGGAAAGGGAGCAUGGAGUGGUACAAGGUGAAUGGUUUGGAACAUCUUCAAGGGUUCCUCAAGUUUGACCGUACCAACAUCAAUACAAUCCUUUUUUAUGGGGAGGGGGCGGAUGUGUGGAAUUGCCAUAUGCUCAAGCGCGGUUACACCGACGGCCUCCUAGGCUUAAUUCCAGGCUUUAAAAUCAGCAAAUCCGCUGGCAACAUUGUCAUCUUCUGGAGCGUGCUCGUCGGGGACAAGUUGCAGUUUUGGUGUGCUGAGAUUUCACUUGAGAGGAGGCGGCGCCAGGAUUGCCACAUUUGGGGGAACAUCCAGUGCAUUGAUCAUGUCUUCACUAUGGACCCUGACCUCUAUGUUUUGUCUUCUAUUAAUGUUAGUCUUUGACCAUUACUUUUUAUCUUUUAUUUAAGACUUGAUAGGUAAUUGUAUGACUCUAAAGGUGCUGGAUGCUAUUUAUGGUUAACCGAACCACCGAGAACAGAGCA